AUGUCUAGCUUUGUCUAUAUUCUUGCACUUGUGCCUUUGGCACUGGCUGCCACCCCGACCAUGAUGGUCCCUAAUCAGGUCAUGGUUUUUAAAGAAAACGACUUCGCAAUGAAUGCCGGCCGAAAGGGAAUUCUUCUUGCAUCUGAUGGAAAUUGCAUGAACUUCGACAACAUGCCCGAGUACCGCACCAAUGUUGGGUCAAUCUAUGUCCCAUGCCCGUCCGAGGUCAAGCAGGACAUGAUGUGCUCGAUUUACUCGUAA